AUGACAAUUCUUCCAGUCAUGGCACAGAUGCUUCAGUUCAACAGGUUUGUUGUUUCUUUCUUUAGAAGACAGGAAACAUCCACUGAAGACAAAAAAGAAAGUCCAUUUCUUUUGCACUGCUCCACCACAGAAUCAGAUUGUAUGGCGAGCUUGGAGGAGGCUGAUAAGCCUAGUCCAGUUUCAGUUCUGGAACCAAUAUUUAGUGGAGAGUGGUCACCUACACCAGAAUUCCCGCAAAGGAUGAAUGUUGACAUCACCGCGGAGAUAGGUUUUUAUGGUAGGAACUUGACAAUGGACUUGAGCACCUGGUGCCCUCCGGAAUGGCCAGUAAGCCUUGCUGUCUUUGAGACCCUGGAGAAGAAGUUUGGUGAUCAGGCAUCAUGGAAAAGGUCGGACAUGAGGCUUUUGUUUGACCGUAUAAAUGCAGGGUUGAUGGAGAUUUUCGAGCCUUGUAUGGGUGUUCCCACAUGGACAAAGCCCGUGUCUAGAAGGAUUAGAUCCACGCCAAGUGAGGAGAUGAUAGAGGAAGAUCUAUGGAUGUUGCUUGUUAGCCAAGAGAAGGAAACAGGAUGGGACACCACUGAAAAGGCGCUAGGAAGGGAGAUUGAGCUAGAUUUAGGAGAUGAUAUUGAUGGUAUUGGUAGAGAAAUUGAGAGAUUUUUGUUCGAUAAGCUCAUAGCGGAGUUUGUUACCGUGUAG